GUUGAAAUCGUUGAUCAAGCAGUUCUUCAGUGGACGUGAACGUCAAUCGAAAACAUAUUUUCUGAAAUAUCCAUCAUUCUUUGUAUGGUUGACACUUGCAUCAUCAGGCAGUUAUGCAGGAAGAUAUCGGGAACCUUCCCAUAGACAUCCACUUCAACAAACUUCUUGACUGGUUGAUCAAUCGGCGUCACUGUAAGCAGCAAUGGCAGCCGGCCUCGUUGAUCGUUCAGGAGAAAAUCACAGCAGAACUUCACACAUUACAGGAGAAUGAGCAGAUUAAGACACUGGUUGGGAAUGGGAACGUCACUUACUUUACCUGCUUGGAGCUUGUUGAACUCUUAAAGAAAACUUCUGCUGGAGAGAAGAAUAUAUUUGGACAGUAUUCUUCACAGCAGAUGAAGGCCUGGAAUGAUAUAAUCAGGAUCUAUGAAAAAGAUGGUAUCUUUCUAGCUGAGACUGCCCAACUGAUCAUGAGAAAUGUGACUUAUGAGAUUCCGGCCUUGAAGAAACAAAUCUCUAGAUGUCAACAAAUACAAAAGGAGUGUGAUAAGAAGGAGGCAGACUAUAUAAGCAAGGCCGCAGAUCUGAGGAAGAAAUAUGCCAGCAGCUGUAAGGAGCUGGGAAUUAAGGGUGACAAGAUCAAGUCUGAGUUAUCUGCCCUUGUGAAGGACCUACCAAAAGUGUAUGAAGAGGUUGCCAAAGAGGCGAAGAGACUCUGCUCAGCUGUCACUUACUACCAUGAUUUCUCGGCCUUCCUCAUGAAAGGUGAACUAAAAAACUUGGACUGUGUGCCUUUAUUGAGGUUUGUGCAGGAGCACGGGAAUGUUGUGACAUACCAGUGGAACCAUGGGUGUAAACCAGUCAGUAUACAGGAAGCAGACUUCAUCAUAGAUACAAGAGAUGAGGAGGAGGUGGCGGAAGCAGAUGUGAUAGACUGGGACAUCGGAGGAGGGGGUGGGGGUGGAGAUGUUGCGGAGAUAGACUUUGACAUCUCGGGUAUCACUCUGGAGAGUGGCGGCACUGAUGAGGGAAAGAUUGACAUAGAGGUAGAGGAGAUGGGAGAGGAAAUUAACUGGGGAGAUCUGGAUGAUCCAGCACAACCUACAGAGGAGUCAGCUAAAGAUGGCGUGGCUGUAGGAGAGGAGGCCUUGACUAUACUGGACAACCCUCGUACACGAAACCUCUUCCUUGACGAUCUCAUGGAGUUGGAGGCAUUCCUUGUUCAGCGUCUGGCUGAGCUGCACAAUGCAGGGAACAUCCUGGCCACAAGUAACCUCCAGUCUGCCCCAACGUCGAUACAGGUGGACGACAAGCUCGUGGAAACCAUGGCAACGGACGUGAAGAACAUCAUCUCUCGUCUCACCUCUGUACAGAUUCAACAUCUCAUGCUGAUCAGGAACUCACCCAGAUAUGUUGAGAGGGUGAAGGAUUCACUGCGUCAGACAUUAACGCUAGCAGACAAGAUGGUGUUCUAUGAGAAGGAGAUGGUUUCCCGUCGGGACGAGGCAAUCAAUGAAGAACGAGAACUACAACCCAGGGUUCAGGAGCUUGUUAAGAAAACUAAAGUCUUGCAGAAGCAGAUGGAGGGUGAGAUAUCAAAGAAGUACAAGGGCAGACCAGUGAAUAUCAUGGGAGAAAUAAACACUAUAUGAUGAACCAGUGAAUAUCAUGGGAGAAAUAAACACUAUAUGAUGAACCAGUGAAUAUCAUGGAAGAAAUAAACACUAUAUGAUGAACCAGUGAAUAUCGUGGGAGAAAUAAACACUAUAUGAUUAACCAGUGAAUAUCAUGGGAGGAAUAAACACUAUAUGGAUAUCAUGGGAGAAAUAAAUACUAUAUAAUGAACCAGUGAAUAUCAUGGAAGAAAUAAACACUGUAUGAUGAACCAGUGAAUAUCAUGGGAGAAAUAAACAUGAUAUGAAGUUAUUGGAUACUGGAUUGUUGAUAUUUAAAAUGUACAUAUUGUAAAUAGUAGUCAACAAAUUAUGCUGGACAUAUGGGUUCAAGAUGCAUGUUAAUAUUUAUAAGUUAAUGAUAUGGAAAUAAUUUCUAUAAAAAGACAAACUGCAUUGUUAUAUUUUAGUAUGAAAUUACAUGAUCAUUAUGUUACGAAAAAAAGAAUCAAUCAACUUGUUUUAAAGUAUAUGAGGUUAACCACAAUGAACUCCUCCUAUACAUACUAUGUGUGUGUAUAGUUUACUUUAACCUUUGUAAGGCUUUGGUUGUGGUAAUGAAAAGAAAUUAGAGUUUGUAAUAUGUAAUAACUUCAUGGAAAAGAUGCAUUACAAUUUAAAGAUUUACUCAGAAAACAAAACAAAAAUACACAGCAAAAUUUUCUUGAGGAAAGACCGUGAGGUUGUGUUGUAUUGCAUUCACAGUAAUUGGACUCAUUGUUUGGUCUUUAAUGAUAUACUCGUAUGAAUGUUUUAUUUUACAACUGAAAAUUGACAAAUUAUUAUGAUGAUGUAUUGAAUACACCAACAUGUAUGUUGUAAAUUAAGAAAACAUUUGUUCAAUUAUAUUUCUAUGUCAAUGUUUUGUAUAUGAAAACAAAUGUUACAGAGAUAUUUAUGUCAUAAUUAUGAUAAAUUAAAAGAAAC